GGUCUGGAUCCGCUGGUUCCAUAACAACAUCCAGUUGGCUUCCUUCAGGCGGCGGGACUAGGGCAGCCGCCGCCGCCGCCUCCCCGGAGCUCCCGCCUGCUCGGGCCCUCGCGUUCCCCGGCCCAGGCCGCUAUGGCUACCAACCCGCAGCCCCAGCCGCCGCCGCCGGCGCCGCCGCCUCCCCCGCCUCAGCCGCAGCCGCCGCCGCCGCCGCCGGGCCCGGGGACUGGCCCCGGCACGGGCGGGGCGGGUGGCGCGAGUGCCGGAGCCGGAGACCCUCAGCUCGUGGCGAUGAUCGUUAAUCACCUCAAGAGCCAGGGUCUCUUCGACCAGUUCCGCAGGGACUGCCUGGCCGACGUGGACACCAAGCCAGCCUAUCAGAAUCUGAGACAGCGUGUCGACAACUUUGUUGCAAACCACUUGGCAACUCAUACCUGGAGUCCCCAUCUCAAUAAGAAUCAACUAAGAAACAAUAUUAGACAACAAGUCCUGAAAUCAGGAAUGUUGGAGUCUGGUAUCGACAGAAUUAUUUCUCAGGUUGUGGACCCAAAGAUCAACCACACAUUCAGACCUCAGGUAGAGAAAGCUGUGCAUGAGUUUUUGGCCACACUAAAUCACAAAGAGGAAGCUAGUGGCAGCACAUCGCCUGAUGAGGAGAAACCAGACUCUUCCAUCAUUACACAAGGCAUCCCUACUCCUGGGCCCAGUGCUAAUGUAGCCAACGAUGCCAUGUCAAUCUUGGAAACCAUAAGCUCUCUUAACCAAGAAGCUAAUGCUGCCAGGGCUUCGACAGAAACAUCAAAUGCCAAGACAAGUGAGAGAAUAUCCAAAAAAGUCCCAUCUCAACCAAGUGCUGAUGCUAGUGCUGACAAAGAGAGAACUUCAGAGGACAUGGCUGAUAAAGAAAAAUCUACCCCCGACUCUGGAGGAGAAGGACUGGAAACGGCCUCAAAGUCUGAAGAAUUUAGUGAUCUCCCUUGUCCAGUGGAAGACAUUAAGAAUCACACAAAGGAGAAUAAUGGCUUAAUUCUGCUAAGUAAAGACAUUCAACAGGAAAGCAGUGACCAAAAAAAUAAAUCAACAGACAAGGGUGAAAAGAAACCAGAGAUCAAUGAAAAGGGAGAAAGAAAGAAAGAAAAGAAGGAAAAGACUGAAAAGAAAGUUGAAUACUUGAAGAGGAGUGAAGAUGCACAGAAAGGAAAAGAUGAAAAACAAAUGAAGGAUAAAGAAGUAGAGAGUUCAAAACUUCCUUCAGAAAAGAAUAGUAAUAAAGCUAAAACUGUUGAAGGGACAAAGGAAGAUUUCUCCUUUAUAGAUUCUGAUGUGGAUGGACUUACAGACAUUACCGUUAGCUCUGUCCAUACCAGUGACCUUUCAUCUUUUGAAGAAGACACUGAAGAGGAAGUUGUGAUGUCUGAUAGCAUGGAAGAAGGAGAGAUUACAUCAGAUGAUGAAGAAAAGAACACACAGAAUAAAACAAAAACUCAAACUUGUGAGUCUAGUGAAGGAAAAGUAAAAAAUGUACGGCAUGCUUAUGUUCACAAACCAUAUCUUUACUCGAAGUACUAUAGUGAUUCUGAUGAUGAACUCACUGUAGAACAACGGCGGCAGUCUAUUGCUAAAGAAAAAGAAGAGAGACUUUUAAGAAGGCAAAUUAAUAGAGAGAAACUUGAAGAAAAACGGAAACAAAAAGCAGAAAAGACAAAGUCUUCAAAAGCUAAGAGUCAAGGCAAAAGUAGCAUGGAUGUAGAAGAAUCCACAACAAAAAGUUCAGAACUUAAAGUCCCCAGAAUUAAAGAAGUACUUAAAGAAAGGAAAGUUUUAGAGAAAAAAGUAGCCUUAAGCAAAAAAAGAAGAAAAGAUUCAAGGAAUGUGGAAGAAAGUUCCAAAAAGAAACAACAGCCUGAAGAAGAUUCUAAAGAAACCGUCAAAACAAGUGAGCACUGUGAAAAGGAAAAGCUGUCUUCUUCAAAGGACCCAAAGCAUGCUCAUACAAAAUGUGAACCAAGCAAACCUGCCCGGAGACUUUCAGAAUGUUUACAUUCAGCUGAUGAAAACAAAAAUGAAUCCAAAACAGAAAGAGAACAUAAAAGACGUACGUCUACCCCUGUUGUGCUUGAAGGGGCACAGGAAGAAACUGACACAAGAGAUGGGAAAAGACAAGUAGAACGCUUAGAGAGUGGCCCAGAAGAACUCCAGAAGCAGAAAAGCCUACUGAAACAUGAAAAGCAUGUAAAAAAAGAUGAUUCUGAAACACCACAUUUGAAAAGCUUGCCUAAGAAGGAUGUGAAAUCCUCCAAGGAAAGGCCUGAGAAAGAGAAAACUCUGUCAGAAGACAAAAUGUCUACGAAACAUAAGUAUAAAGGUGAUGGUGUACAUAAAACAGGCGAUGAGACUGAACUUCACUUCUCUGAGAAAGGUGUAAAAGUAGAGGAAAAUAUUCAAAAGCAAAGUCAGCAAACGAAGCUUUUUUCAGAUGAGAAAACUGAACGGAAAAGUAAACAUAGGAAUGAGAGGAGGUUAUCAAUUUUAGGCAAAGAUGGAAAGCCAGUUUCUGAAUAUCUUAUAAAAACAGAUGAGAAUGUUCGUAAAGAAAGCAACAAAAAAGAGAGAAAUGUGUUAGCCGAAAAAACUAAGGCAGAGCACAGAUCAAGAAGAUCAAGUGAUUCUAGAAUUCAGAAAGAUUCUCCAAGCUCCAAACAACAUGGUAUCAUGUUACAGAAACGAAGUGAAAGUUAUUCAGAAGAUAAGUGUGAUACAGACUCUAUUAAUUUAGACAGUAAUUUUAAACCAGAAGAUGUUCACAAGGAGAAGCGUAGGACAAAGAGUUUCUUAGAAGAGAAACUUGGAUUGAAGUCUAAAUCAAAAAGUCAAGGCAAACAGUUAAAAGCUGUUGAAGCAGAAUUACAAGAAAGUGUUGCAAAACAGUCUACCACUCCAAAACCAGAUAAGGAGAAGAGCCCAGAAGAAAAUGACUCAGACAAACAGCGCAGGUCAAAAGGUGAAGAUAAACCUGUAGAAGAAACUAGUGUUGAACCUGUGUUAGAGAGUACUGCUUCAUCAACACAUAACACACAGAAAGAUUCUAGUCAUAGAGCCAAGUUACCCUUGGCAAAGGAGAAAUAUAAGGGUGAUAAAGAUUUGAGCUCAUCCAGACUUGAAAGAAAGUUGUCAGACGGACACAAAAGCAGAAGCUUAAAGCAUAGUAGUAAAGACAUGAAAAAGAAGGAAGAAAAUAAAUCAGAUGACAAGGAUAGUAAAGAAGUUGAUUGUAAUCAUGAAAAGCCCAGAGGAAAUAGUUCAGUCAUGGAAAAGAAAUUAAGUAAAAAGUUGUAUGAAAAUCGAAGGGGAAGUUUAUCACAAGAAGUGACCAAAGGAGAAGAAAAAUUAAACACUUUGGGUACUUCCAGCACUCCCAGUAGUUCUUCCCUUCAGAGACCAAAAAAAAGUGGUGAUAGCACGUUGAUUCCUGAGCAGGAGCCAAUGGACAUUGAUUUUGAGUCAACCGUUGAAAAUAUAAUUGAAGUGUCUAAAACCCAAGACAGCACCACUAAUGGUUCUCAACCAGACAUUGACUCUGAAAAUGUUAUGAAACAAAAACCUACUGCCACAGUUCUAAAGGAUGAACUAAGAACUUUAGCAGUAGACUCAAAGCCAGCAGCUCCAUCCUGUAAAUCAGGGCGUGGAACAGGAUUUAGUAAUUCUGAAAAGCAUGCUGACCAUAAAAGCACCCUGACCAAGAAAGUGCAGAUCCAAAACACCCUGUCCAAACCAAACCUGGGAGAGAAGGAGCCCAUUCCACAAGGAACUCAUGAAGUGAAUGUAGACUCUGAAACUAGUCACAGAAUGCUACCUGAUGCCCUGUCAGAAAAUGAUAUGAUACAAAAAAAUUUGAAAAACACAACCACAGCCAAACCCACUGAAGAAUGUAUUGCUUUUGAACAUUCCAUAAAUGUAGUUCCCUCACUGUCCUUAAGUUCAGGGACUGUUGCACCUCAGAUAGAACCUCAUGAUUCAAAUGUGAUUCCUCUGGUUGAAAAAAGAACUGUUUUGGAAUGUGGCACAGCCAGUACCUCCCUUAUGCAUCACUCUGCUGUCCCUAACCAAAGGCUGGCUGUUAAGGAAUCAGAAGUCCCUAGAACAAGUGACAACAAAGAAGAUGAAGAUCUCACAGUUGUAUCUCCAGCAAAAGCAAGCAUGACUAAUGAAAGACACAUUCCAGAAGGUUACCAGGCUACUUUAUUGGACAGUAAAGGAAAAAUUAACCUGCUUCCUGCUAGCAAGGUAACAGACAGGCUUGUAGAAAAUCAGAGCACUGGCACAGAAGGUGCCUUGAUGGACAUGACCAAGGAAGAGAGUGACAUAAGUGCAGAACUCAGCUUAAAGCAGAGAGUUAGAGCUACAGUAGAAACUGACAAGAAGGAUGGCCUUGCUGUUGAUCAUAUGGUAAGCAUGAAUGCAGAAAAAGAUGCUGAAAUUGUUGAACAUAAUCAAGACUCAGGUGACAUAAGCAUUUCCAUUGAUGGUAAUAAAAAGAAUGAAAACAAUGAGGUAGACACCAGUGCGCAAGGCGAUGCUGCAUCCUCUGUUUCACACCAAAGAAAUGGAAAAACUGAGAAUGUGGCAGCUGGGUCUGGUGGAGCAGAAAAGACUUCUGUUGCCACUAGCACUGAUGGGAAGGACAGCAGUGUCACCUUAAUCCCACUCAAGGCUGGGGAUGCUACCACCACUUCUUCGGAAACAGGGGAGAGGGAGGUGGCCUUGCCUUGCACCAGCAUUGAGGCAGACGAAGGCUUCACAGUAGGUGCAAGCCCAAGAAGCAGUCGUCUUCAGGGUGGGUCAGAAGCCAGCGAAAGCACCGUGUUUGCUGCAGCUGAAGAAGGUGGAGGUGUUGUCACAGAAGGAUUAGCUGAAAGUGAGACUUUCCUCACAAGCACCAAGGAAGGGGAAAGUGGAGAGUGUGCUGUGGCAGAAUCUGAAGAUAGAGCAGCAGACCCAGUGGCUGCUCAUACAGUUAAGACUGAAGCUAAUGUGAGUAGAGUUGUGACAGAGGAAAAAGAUGAUGCUGUAACUAGUGCAGGCUCUGAAGAAAAGUGUGAUGGUUCUUCAAGUAGAGACUCAGAAAUAGUAGAAGGAACUGUUGUUUUUAUUAGUGAAGUUGAAAGUGAUGGAACAGUUACUAGUGCUGGGACAGAAGUAAGAGUGGGAUCUGUAAGCAGUGAGGAGGUCGAAGAGUCCCAGGGAAAUAUGACAAGAACAUGUCCCAAGAAAGAAACCGAUGGCACUGUAACAUGUACGGGAACAGAAGGCAGAAGUGAUAACUUCGUCAUCUAUUCAGUAACAGGGGAAGGACCCCAAGAGGAGCGUGUGGUUACGGGUGCAGGUGUGAUCCUAGCAGAUAAUGAAAUGCCUCCUGGAACAAGCGCCACUCAAGAUGGAGAUGGCUCUGUGAAUGAUGGCACAGAAGGUGAGAGUGCAGUCACCAGCACAGGGAUCACGGAAGAAGACGGAGAGGGGCCAGCAAGUUGCACAGGUUCAGAAGAUAGCAGUGAAGGUUUUGCAAUAAGUUCUGAAUCAGAAGAAAGUGGAGAGAGUGCAAUGAACAGCACAAUAGCCAAAGAAGUCACUAAUGUACAAUUAGUUGCUGCUGGUCCGUGUGAUGAUGAGGGCAUUGUGACCAGCACAGGUGCAAAAGAGGAAGAUGAUGAAGGGGAGGGUGUUGUGACUAGUACUGGAAGAGGUAAUGAAAUUGGCCAUGCCUCAACUUGCACAGCGAUUGGAGAAGAAAGUGAAGGGGUAUUGAUUUGUGAAAGUGCGGAAGGAGACAAUCAGAUGGGUCCUGUAGUAGAGAAAGUAGAAGCUGAAGCUGGAGCGGCCAUCACGAAUGCAAAUGAAAGUAAUGUUGAUAGCAUGAGUGGUGCUGAGAAGGAAAUCAAAGACAUAGAAAUCUGCUCCAGUGCAAAAGGGAUUGUGGAAAGCAGUGUGACCAGUGCAGUGGCAGGAAAGGGUGAAGUGGUGCCAAUUCCAGAAGGUUGUGAGGAUCCCAUGACAAGUGCAGCUUCUGAUCAAAGUGACAGUCAGCUCACCAAGAAAGAAAAGAUUGAAGAUACCACCAUUUCCACUGGCAUGGUGGGGGACAGUUACGAUAUUCUUGUAUCUGGUGCAGUCCCAGAAUGUGAAAUUGGCCACACAUCACCAAGUAGAAAAGAUGAGAGUGUCAUCACCUCUGUAGAAAUUGAGGAGUGUGAUGGCAUCAUGGCUACCACCGCCAGUGAUGAUGUUACCCCCCAAAAUAGCCUGGCUGGAGGGGAAAGUCAAAGCAAAGGCUUGAUGAUUUCCACCAGUACAAGUGAUUACACCCCUCAGUUAAGUGCAGUUACAGACAUGGGUAAAGGUCACUCAGGUACUUUGAGAGCUGAAGAAAAUAUAGAAGGUAACAGAAUAAACAUGGAAGAAUUUGAGGCACCUAUGCCCAGUGCAGUUUCAGGAGAUGAGAGCCAACUUGCUGCCAGCAGAAAUGAGGAGAAAGAUGAAUGUGCCAUGAUUUCUACAAGCAUCGAAGAAGAAUUCGAAGUGCCUAUUUCCAGUGCAACAACUAUCAAAGGUGCUGAAAGUCAGCAGCCAGUGGCAGCAGCUGAAGAAAGAGCUAAGGGCCCAACCUCAGUGAGCACUGAUGACUUUGAGGUUCCUAUGCCCAGUGCACCCACAGAAGUUGAAAGUCUUCUUGCCUCAACCAGCAAGGAAGAAAAAGAUGAAUGUGCCCUCAUUUCCACCAGCAUAGCAGAAGAAUGUGAGGCAUCUAUUUCUGGGGCAGUUGUUGAAGGUGAAAAUGAGCAGUCCAUUACCGACGGGAGUGCUGUCAUCUCAACAAGCUCUGUGGAGGACUGUGAGGGUCCAGUGUCCAGCGCUGUCCCUCAGGAGGAAGUCCACCCCUUGGUCACACCAGCAGAAGAGAUGAAUGACUUAGCCAUGAUUUCCACAAGUACCUCUGAAGGCUGUGAAGCAGUCAUGAUUGGUGCUGCCACCCAGGAUGAAGAUCAGGCCAUAUCUGUAAGAGUAGAAGACUUGAGUGAUGCUGCCAUCAUCUCUACCAGCACAGCAGAGUGUGUGCUGAUGGUUGCCAGCCUAGACAGACACAAAGACAAUCAGCUGGCUGCAAACAACCCAGGAGGAAACAAUGACUUGUCAGCCACAACGGUGAGCAAAUGUGAGGUUCCCAUGCCCAGCCUCAUUGCUGAGAAUAACUGUCAGUGUCCUGGGCCAUUUAUGGGAAGCAAAGAAGUUGGCCCUGUGAUGGCAGUAAGCACUGAGGGAGGGCACAGCAGACCAUCAAUCCAUGAGCCUUCUGCAGGUCAAGGGCAGCCUGGUGCUGUUUGUACAGAAGAAGAAAGAGUGAGUAAGGACUGCCCUGACAAAGGACCAUGUAGAGAACAAGAACAAAAGGAGAGUGCAUUGUGCCUCAUAGGUGCAGAAGAAAAGACUGUAUUAGACAAAAGCCCAGAGGCAGGAACGGCAGCAGGCAGAAGCUCAGCUAGAUAUUCAGUAGGAAGGGGCUCAGAGAGGAGUGCUAACUUACCUGUCCAUCGCAGAGGACUGCAACAGAUGUCUGCCCAAACAGGUGAUGACCCCUCUGUCAGUAUUAACUGUUUGGCAGCAGAAAAUACUGGUGCUCAAAAACCUGACAGCAUGCCACCUGUCCAAGGCAGUGCCACAGAAGAUGUCUCUGAUCCUCCCGACCAGCAGGGGCCUGAGAAUAGCUUGAAAACCACUACCACUGAACAUAUUACUGGCCAGGAGGUGAAGACUGCUGCUUCUCACAUCGAGAUACUUCCAGCUGCCUACCACAUGGCUCCGACGGCUCCUAAGUGUGAGCAGGACUUGACUACAGAGAGUGGUCAUAAUGACAGAUGGACAAGUCAGGCCUCUUCUGAGAAAGCAGAAGAUGGUAAUGGCACGAGGAAAGCAUUCCGUGAGGAAGGACACCUUAACGUCACUGUUUCUUCUGAAGAGAGUUUAGGUGACAUAGGCAAGGAAGAGUCUCCACUGAAUGUUCUGAGAGAAUUGGAACUGAAAACCAACUUAGAAACUGAGACAUUUGUGCCUUCAGAAGAAGAGAAAAAUCAGAACAUUGUAGCACCAGUGGAAAGUACCUGCGAGGGAAAGCUAAGUGGAACAGCUGAACUACAGAGUGAAUCACUUAAUGUCAAAAAUUCAGGCUUAAGAACAAACGAAGAUACGCAUAGUAGAUCUUACAACAAAGGAGAGGCAUCCUGUAGUAGAAAAGACAACACCGAAGCCAUGAGAAGUCACAGUGUUGAAGCAAGUCCUAAAGAGGAUGAAGAGGAAGAAAGGCAUAUGCCGAAAAGAAAAAGAAAGAAGCAUUAUCCCCCUUCAGAAGAUGAACUGGAUGAUAAUCCAGAUGUCCCGGAUUGCAGAACAGAAGCAGCACAGAGGCCGUGCUCUGAAACCGAGCCACAACACACGAAGGAAGAAAACUCUGGAGAUUUAGAAUUCCCUAAGACAAGUUCUGAGACAAACAGCAUGGCUUCAAGGCCUGUGGAAGAAAAGGAUGAAUAUAGUAGCAGUGAAGCUACUGGGGAAAAAACAGAGCAGCAUGAAGAGGAUAACAGUAAAUCUCAGGAGGAAGAUCAGCCAAUAAUUAUUAAAAGAAAGAGAGGAAGACCUCGUAAAUACCCUGUAGAAACAGCAUUCAAAAUAAAUGACACCAAAACAGAUGCUGGCAUAGUUACUGUAGAACAAUCUCCACCUAGCAGCAAACUGAAAGUAAUGCCAACAGAUGAGUCCAAUAAAGAAACAGCUAACCUGCAGGAAAGAAGUAUAAGCAUUGAUGAUGGGGAAGAGAAAACAGUAGCAAGUGUUCGUCGGAGAGGAAGAAAGCCCAAACGUUCACUCACUCUGUCGGAUGAUGCUGAAUCCUCAGAGCCAGAAAGAAAACGCCAGAAAUCAGCUUCUGAAGGAACCGAGGACAAAAAGGACCAGGACUCUGAUGAGGAAGAGGAAGAAGAAGAAGAGGAAGAGCCCUCGGGAGCCACCACGAGAUCCACCACCAGAUCUGAGGCUCAGAGAAAGCAUCAUAGUGAGCCAUCGCCACGUGCAGGAUCCAAACUUGGCAACCCAGAAACAGUUUCUCCUAGAAAUCGCCAAAAAUUAGCAAAAGAGAAGUUAUCUACCAGCGAAAAAGUUAGUAAAUCUCCCCCAUUAGGAAGAUCAAAGACACAGCUCUCUCCUUCUACGAAACGCAAGAGAGAAGUCAGCCCUCCUGGGGCCCGAACAAGAGGCCAGCAGAGAGUGGAGGAAGCCCCUGUGAAAAAGGCAAAGCGAUAAUCCCGGCCACCAGUGCCCCUGGUUUGUCAGGAAACAGAAUCGAGAGAAAAGAGAUGAGCCUCAGUGGCCAUAGGCUUUUAUUUUGUCAACCUGAAAAAGUAUAUGCAUGUGCUGUAAGUUCCUAGGUGCGAGCUUUUUCUUGUUAUGUUUUAAACAGCUUUAUAAACUACUGUUCAUAGAAGAUUAUGUACAUUUAUUUCAGAUAAAGGAAAAUAAGUUUACUUUGUAUCUGAACUCAAAACAAAGUAGUUGUAUAUUUUAACAUUUGAAAUUGGGAUUUCCCAAUGUGACGCAUCACUAAUGCAAACCCUUCCAGCCCAUGGGACACCAGGCUGCCUACUGGUAAUCUGUGUAUAGUAUAUAAACAUGUAAAAAUAGGUUGUAUUUUACUCUAUGUAUGAUGCUAAUCAAUGAACACUUUAUUUAUUUUACAGAGAAAACUUAUCUGUGAACUUUACUAUAUAUCUGUUUAUUUUAUUUUAUUAUUUUUUUUAAUAAAGAGGGGUUUUAAAUGCUAUGCAGUCAUUAGUUGAAAAUUUUUUAGGAUUCUGCCUGCCCUGUAACUAUCUAAAUAUGACCUGGCAGGAAAUAUAGAAACUCUCGCAUGUAUUCAAGUAAAGUAGGUUAGCUUAAGAAAGGGUCUCUGUUGCUUUUGCGUUCACAGUUGUGACUCUGUUUUUUAAGAAUGUAACUUGUUUUUAGAUUAUACUUGCAUCUGUGACUUCACCACCAGUCCCAUUGACAUAGGGGCUCUGAUUCAGGCAACAUGACACCAUGUCACCUGCAACAGAAUCCUGUACUGGCAUCCCUUCCUCUCCUCUGUGCUAUUACUACGCCUUUCUCCAUAUUUCCAUACUGCCUGUUUCAGUGAAGAGAAAUGCAUUGAAGAUUCGGUCGCUCCUGUCUAUCCAGCUUCAGGAUUUUAUGUUGUUUUAUACACAAUUAUUUCAGGAUAGAAACUGGCUUUAUUGCCAAGUUCUUUUUUAAACAUAUUUUAACUCCCAUAUGAGCAAACUGUCCAACUUAAGUUUUUCAUAAAAUUCAACUUUUCUUACAGUCGAAUUUGUCUCUUGCAAUGAUGUGAUAAGUUGCCAAAUAAUUGAGAUUACUUUAAAAUGUUUUGUUCAUAAUCUUGUUUUAUAAUUAAAAUUUACAUUCAA